CCGCUAGUCAGAACUGCGCCAGCAGUCGAGCUGUAAGCAUGUGUUGCGCUGUCGCUCUCUGAUACGCUUGUGAUCGUGCUUUCGUCAACUUCGAAUAGUUUUCGCGUGUUCGUUGAAAUCGGAAUUCACUCUGUUUUAUUCAACAGACUUGUGUUACAAUAACUUUAAUUCGAUUUUAUUUUCAAUCGCUGUGUCCUCUGGAAUUUGUACUCUGUUGUUUUUUGUAUGAAAAAAUAAUUAGGAAUUUUGUUGUGCUCAUGCGUGGAUAUUAAGUGUGCUCAGUGCUGGAUUAAGUUUCGCUGAUUUUUUGGAUUAUGCACGUAAAAGAAGAAACCAUUCGAGUCGCCACAAUGCCUCGCUCGUUCCUCGUCAAGAAAAAUAACUACAGUCACUGCCCGCUCAAGAAGCGACCAGUCUACUUCGUGAAGGAUGAAUCAGAAUAUGAUGCAGAUAGCGCGAGCGAUCACUCGGAGCCUGAAAACCUGAGCACGAAACCGCAAGACCUGAGCCUGGCCGGGAAAACGGGAUCAUCAGGUGUCACUCUGAUGAGCAUGAAAGCGCUGACCGGUGAAAGUUGCGGGGUCCUCGGAGCCAUGAGCGGAGCGCCGUGCUAUCCGUCCCUGCCCUCGGCCGCCCCGGCGCACGCGCCCGCGACUCCGUCCAGCAAGACCUGCGGCGGUCCCUUGGAACCGCUCAACCUCAACACUCCGAUGGAGAUGAAGCGGACUUUGUCGCCGCUCAAGUACCGCGAGGCCCCUCCGCCGCCCCCGCACUCCCCGCCGCACUCGGCCUUCAACCCGUACUCGGGCAACAAGGAAGUCUACCCUCACUACUACUCGGCCCUCUCGCCCAGCAAGCCUUGCUACGAGCAGCCCAUCUCCCCGUACACCCGCGAAAGGUCGCCCUCCAAAUCGCCAAGUUACGGUUUCUCGCCUUUCCGACCCGUCCCGACGAUCCCCGUCAAGAGGGAGCUGGACUCGCGACUCUACGUCCCCUACCCCUACGCAGAGAGCUUGUCCCCCGUGUCUCCGACUUGGUCCUCGCACAGCCUCUUCCAGUCUCACUUCCCGCCGCCCGCCACCCCCGAAGAUCUCUCCUCCCCCGGGAGCGUGGCCAGCAGCGGCGAGAGCAGCAGUAGCGGAAGCACCAGCUGCGGCAAGAAGCGGAGCAAAGAGGGCUCCAACCCCCGCUACAAGUGCGUCUUCUGCAACAAGUCCUACUCCACCUACUCCGGGCUCUCCAAGCACCAGCAGUUCCACUGCGCUGCCAACGAGGACUCCUCCGCCAAGAAGACGUUCAGCUGCAAGUACUGCGAGAAGAUCUACUUCUCUCUGGGCGCUUUGAAAAUGCACAUCCGGACGCAUACGCUUCCGUGCAAGUGCAAGCUCUGCGGGAAGGCCUUCUCCCGCCCUUGGCUCCUGCAGGGUCACAUCCGGACGCACACGGGCGAGAAGCCGUUCUCGUGUCAACACUGCAACCGUGCCUUCGCGGACAGGUCGAAUCUCCGGGCUCACCUCCAGACUCACUCCGAUGUCAAGAAGUACUCGUGUCCGACCUGCAGCAAGACUUUCUCCAGGAUGUCUCUCCUGUCCAAACAUACGGAUGGCGGAUGCGCUGGUACAGGAUCCGUGCACUCUGAUGAUCUCCACGCUUUUCAGUCAUUGCCGCGGCCUGUCCCGACGUUGGCUAUCGCAUCAUAGCCUCCUUGUUGAAUCUCUCUCCCCCCACUCCAAACACUAGUCGUUUUUCUUUUUAACUCUGUACUCAGAAACUCCCGUUUCGAACGCUUCUUCUCUCACUCUCUGUUUUCUCCGUCAACAGUUUUCUUCUCCAGAGCUGUUCACGUUCUGGACGAACUUUGUAAUUUCUUGUUGAAUAUCUUGCCUUUUUUAAAGAAAGUAUAUUUCGUAUAGGUUUAUUGAGACUGAAAAUCGUACCAUGUAAAUUUAAUACUCCUCAUGCACGGAAUGAGAGCACACCAUGACAUUAAUGUUUCCCUCGGAUCGAUUUAAAUGUUCUUCAAAAUCAGGUCAACUUUUGAUAUUGCAAUUUUUGAUGAGAAGAAACGCUAUUUUGGACAAAUAGUUGUAUAUUAAGCUCUCAAUAAUCUUGACAUAUUUCAAAAGACAUCAUCAAAAGAUUGUUUGUGAUUUGAACUUAAUUAUCUGUUUUUUUCUCUGAGUUUUCCAACUUUUGCACCAAUGAUUGGGCGAUGAAGCUCUCCCGAUUAGUUCGAUACCAAAUUAUUCCGAUAAAAAGUAUCUGUUUACUUUUUAUAGGUGAUCAUUUUUUUUCAUUUUUUUAUAUUUAAAUAACUUUGCAUCACCUUGAAUAGAUAAUACUCAUUACUUUGUAUUUUUGUAUAAAAUUACAUCGAACCAAUGUAAAUUACGACAUCACUGUCAUAUUUUGAUAGUAUACCAAAGAAAAUUUUCAAGUCAUGGACAAAUUGUUUUGAAGUGUUAUAAUAUCGUAAUAUUUGCGCGUACCAAUUACAUUUUUAUGUAUUUUUCCUGUUUUAAUUUUACUUUUCCCAACAGAAGUCAGAAUAAAAUAUUUUUAUUGUCGAAAAGUAAUAACUAUUCUGCCAGAGCAAUCAGCUGCUCUAAAGUAGAUACGGAUUGACCAUUUUUAAUUGUUACCAGCCAUACAUAAUUUUCAUGAAGUUUUAAUCACCUCAUGUCUCUACACAUUCACAAUUUUAAGGAUAUUUGCUUUAUUUCUGUCCCGUUAAAAAAGCUGAACACAUUACUUGAAAUUGUUUAUUAAUUAAAUUGGCUUUUUAUCUCAACUUUUUGGAUAUAAUACUCAACUGUUUUCAAAGGACUUAUUGAACAGAAACUUAAUACUCUCAAAAAUUGCAGCCAUUUCAUGAAUAGUUAUUUAAAAUUUGACACUUGAACAACAUGUGAAACUAACGCUUCUUUUUCUGCAAGAAAUUUUCGUUAGAAGUGCGUUAUUACACAUUAUAACGCUUGGUAAAAGCCAUUUUUGAAACUAGUCACGCCUAAGGCAUUUAUAAAUUAUCAGUUAAUUGUACAGUAAAUUAGAUUUGAAGGUCUCUGUAAAUAAUUCUGUGCCUUAAAUCUUUUAAGUUUCUUGUAAAUGUUCUUUGUGUAUUAUUGUUCCUUUUAUGAAUAUUUAUUUUUUCAAGAAAUUUCUUUUCUCGUGAAAAGAGGUAUAUUCUUUGUAAUAAAAAAUCGUUUGAUAUUUCAAA